CGGAAACCUGGUUACACAGGUUAGGUGGUAAUUAUGUGUAAAUACCGUACGCGGUAUGUACAGUACUGUACAACUACAGUAUAACCCGAUAAGAUAAGACCUGCAGCAAUGGAUCCAAUGACACCAUCCGAAGCUCCUCCAGGCUACAUCACCGCCGCAGCCCAACAUGGAAUCCGCCUCCGCCAGAGCGCCCCCCCUCGCAAGGGGCCACUGCCUCUAGAGCUCCCGAUCCUCAACUACCUCAAGUCCAAGAGGGUGAUCCUCGCCUCGGCAUCACCGCGACGGAAAGCCCUCCUAGCACAAAUCGGCCUAACGAACCUCGAAAUCAUCCCCUCCACCAAGCCCGAAGACCUCGACAAGAAGACCCUCGGCCCACACGGCUACGUCGCCGCCACCGCGCGCCAAAAGUGCCUAGACGUCUACGAAACCGCACUAUCACAAACUUCUUCCUCCUCCUCCUCCCCCGCGCCGCCGGACCCAGACGUUGUGAUCGCCGCCGACACGGUGAUUGUGACGCGCGACGGGCGCGUCCUGGAGAAGCCGCGCGGCGCGGCCGAUCACGCGCAGAUGCUCCGGCACCUGCGGGACGCGCGCUGGCACAGCGUGUUGACGGCCGUGUGCGUGCUCGCCCCGCGCGCCGACGCCCGCCACCCGGGCUACGAGCUUGCCAUGCACACGGAGGAGACGAGGGUCUACUUUGCCGCCGCCGACGAUGGGCUGCCCGACGAGGUCGUCGAUGGCUAUGUCGCGACGCGGGAGGGCGCCGACAAGGCCGGGGGGUAUGCCGUGCAGGGGAUCGGGGGGAUGGUGCUUGUCGAGAGGGUCGAGGGGAGCGUUGACAAUGUUGUGGGCUUGCCUGUUAGGAAGUGCUUGCAGCUGUGUGAGAAGGUUGUCUUUAGGCAGGGGGAGAUGAGCGGGGAUGAGGAAGGGGAUGAUGAUGGUGAUGACGAUUGAAGGGGCUGCUGGGAGUCUGGGAAAUAUAAUAGAGUCGUGAUACAUUUUGGAAUCUAUGCAAUGUCGGAGAAAGGUAAUGUACCUGAGGAACCGCAAUGAGCUGGCGAGGCAGAGGCAUCAUGAUAGGGGGGGUUUGCAUCGUUCAUGGCCCCGUUGGGAAACCCCUGAUUAAUCAAAGUAUGAAAGGGUGUCCCAGACGAAGAAUUCUACGCGGCUUGGCCAGGAUGCAGUCAGGACUUACGUUUCCUACCUCGACGCCUAGCCAAUCUUUCAAGCAUGGAUUUAUCUCUUCAAUACAGGAAGGGACAUGCAGGACGCCGGUGAUGGGCACCACCUUAUUAAUUGCUACUGGUUUCCUGCUGGUUUCGCGACACUGCUUCAACACGACUCCGUCCCCCUCCCCUUAAGAAACCUUGCCAGAGGUGCGGCGUUAAGAAC